AUGGCGACCAACUGGACUCAGGCUCUGCAGGUUACGAGCUUACUUGUAGCUGCUCACUCGUCUGGCUACGGACUUUGCUCUGACAGAGUAGCCGUACAUAACGCGUUACUCUUGUCUGAUCGAGAAACAAUCACUCGACAGUGGUUCCGAGCUUGGGACUUCGGGCGCAAGUAUGGGCCUUUUGCGGUGACUGGCUCUGGCCUGGGGUUCCUUGGUGCUGCACUGCUAGACGGCGUGAAUAGUCCUGGCUUCUCUCUCAAUAUCUCCGCUGCAGUCUCAAUGGGACUAGUUGCCGUCUACACCGUCGUUUACGUCUUUCCAGUCAAUGACAAGCUUCUCGCGGCCCACUCGAAGUUGAUCAGCCAGAAGAAGUCAGAUGAUGCUUCUCAGACGACAGACGAGAUCCGAAAUUUGGUGGCUACGUGGAAAAGUGCUGAUCUAAAGCGAACCCUACUCUCGACGUUUGCGGCCGUAGCAGGCUUGAUCGCUGCGUGUAAGCAGUAA